AUGUUUAUAGACGAGAAUGAGACGCCGGAGUCAUGGUGGGUGUCAGCAGUUCUGAGGACCAUUCGCGCUGUGGCGCUCGUCUUCGAUGUAAUCACCUUCCCAAUACACCUUAUACUGCAGAGGCCGUGGAGGAAACGAGCACUAUCCAGACGAAUUAAGGCUCGCGUAAUCCAAACGACACAGAACAGCAUAACAGUGCAGUCAGUGUCAUCGCCGUCGGAUCUGCACCUGCGCCUGGUGCGCGAUGGAGUCACGUCGAUGGAGUCCAUGCUGCGAGCUGCGGCCUCGCGCUGGGCGCAGCGGCCUUGCCUCGGCACGCGCACCGUGCACGGGGAGGAGGACGAACCACAGCCUAAUGGACGGGUUUUCAAAAAGUUCAACAUGGGUGAUUACAAAUGGCGUUCGUACGUAGACGUGGAGAAGGAGGCGCGCCAGUUCGGUGCUGGGCUCCGCGAGCUGGGCUGCAAGCCGCGCGAGAACGUCGUCAUGUUCGCCGAGACACGCGCCGAGUGGAUGAUCGCAGCACACGGCUGCUUCAAACAGAGCAUACCUGUGGUGACAAUCUACGCCACACUGGGUGAUGAUGCCAUAGCCCACGGCAUCAACGAAACAGAAGUCUCCACUGUCAUCACAACCUUCGACCUCCUGCCAAAGUUCAAGAAGAUCCUCGCCAAGACCCCCCGCGUAGAAACCAUCAUAUUCAUGGAAGAUCAGCUGAAGACCGCUGAGAGAUCUGGUUACAAGGAAGGCAUCAGGAUUAUUGGGUACAAGGACGUACUACAGAAAGGCGCUGCGUCUAAAAUCGAGGCGGUCCCACCGUCGCCGGGCGACACGGCCAUCGUGAUGUACACGUCGGGCUCGACGGGCGUGCCCAAGGGCGUGGUGCUGUCGCACCGCAACAUGCUCGCCACGCUCAAGGCCUUCGCUGACGCCGUGCCCAUCCGCGACGGAGACCUGCUCAUGGGCUUCCUGCCGCUCGCACACGUCUUCGAGCUGCUCGCAGAAAGCUUGUGCAUCAUCGGAGGUGUACCAAUUGGCUAUUCCACUCCACUCACCAUGCUGGACUCGUCAAGUAAAAUCAUGAAGGGAACAAAGGGGGAUGCCACCAUUCUCCAGCCCACCUGCAUCACUACCGUACCAUUAAUAAUGGACCGAAUCAGUAAGGGUAUAACGGACAAAGUGUCUCGCUCCGGUGAGUUCGCGAGCGCGUUCUUCAAGUGGGCCUACACGUACAAACAGACCUGGAUGCGUCGGGGAUACGACACACCUCUACUUAACAAAAUUAUGUUCUCGAAGGUUCGCGCGCUGCUGGGCGGGCGCGUGCGGCUGAUGAUCAGCGGGGGCGCGCCGCUGUCGCCCGACACGCACGCGCAGGUGCGCAUCUGCCUGUGCUGCGACGUGAUCGCGGGCUACGGGCUCACCGAGACCACGUCGUGCGCCACCGUCAUGUGUCCGCUCGACCGCUCCACGGGCCGCGUGGGCGCGCCCACCGCCGGCACGCACGUGCGCCUCACCGACUGGCACGAGGGCGGCUACCGCGUCGACAACAAGCCCUUCCCGCAGGGUGAAAUAGUUAUCGGUGGAGAAUGCGUAGCGGAGGGCUAUUACAAGAAUCCGGAGAAGAGCAAAGAGGAGUUCAUUGAGACUGAGGGCCGACGCUGGUUCAGGUCGGGCGAUAUCGGGGAGCUACACCAUGAUGGAUGUAUUAAGAUUAUUGACCGCAAGAAGGACCUUGUAAAGUUACAAGCGGGCGAAUAUGUGUCACUGGGCAAAGUCGAGGCAGAACUUAAAACGUGCCCCAUCGUAGAAAACAUCUGCGUAUAUGGAGACAGCACCAAGACCUACACGGUGGCCCUGCUGGUAGCCAACCCCAGAAACCUGGCCGACCUGGCCGCCAGGCUCGGUUUGCCCGAAACAGAUUUUGAGCAGCUAUGCCAGAACCCCGUCGUCGAGAAGGCCGUGUUGAAAGAGCUUGCCGAACAUGCCAGAAAAUGUGGUUUGGAGAAGUUUGAAGUCCCGCUAGCAGUGAAACUAGUAACGGAAGUGUGGUCCCCCGACAUGGGGCUGGUGACGGCCGCCUUCAAGAUAAAGCGGAAAGACAUCCAGGAGCGGUACAAGGAAGACAUCAAGCGGAUGUACGCGUCGUGA